ACGACGUUGAUUAUCUUACUGUCCCAAUUACGCAAUGUCGGCCCCUGGCGACACACGUCGGGGUGACGAUUAGUGAAACGAAACGAUUGAUCAGCGAACGUAAAUCUUUCAACUGUUUCAUCAUGCCGCCUGUUCAAGUGCCCAACUACUGCAAGUGGAAGAGACCCCCCACCUCUGUCUACGAAGAUAAUUAUGGCUACGGUAUCAAUUUCUACCAGCCUAUGAUCGACUAUAUCUCUGAGCGGCAGCACGGUAUUUCGGCAAAACCUCCGCAUCUGCCGUGGAAUAACGAAAGGGGUUUGGAAAAAUACCGUUUUGACAAACCUAUACGAACUUAUUCAGAAGAAGACACUUCCCGAAUUGCACGUGAAGUAGCGGAACAAGCAAAAAGGGAACUCAACAAAUUCGAUGUCAAUAAGCAGCGUUCCGCCUUCUCGGUAGUGGCCACUGCAGCAGCGGCAAACGUCACAAAGCACGUUGGUGUUGAAAGUAUCAGUGUAAAAGCAAAAAAGAAGAAAGUCGAUAGGGAAAAAACCAAAGCAGAGAGACAAAAGAAGAGAAUGGAUGAAAUUGAAAAGGAACUCGAGCUUUAUGAAAAAGCAGCGAAUGUAAGUGCUGAAUUGAGAAGUAAAGCUUUAGUGUAUAGAGGCAAAUCAGCAAAAGCUAUCGCUCAAAGUUUGCUGCAAGAGAGCAGAAAAAAUGUGGAUCAAGGGAUAGUGAGACACAUGGAUGUACAAGCUAGAAAAAGAAUAGUGGACCGCAAUCUUGCCCGAAUUACAGAAAACUGGAUGUCAUCUAUGCAAAAAUCUGAAAAUACAGUUUCUAACGUGACAGACAAUAAAUUUUCGGAAUCAGUUUCGCAAGCUGUAAGGAGCAUCCGCGCAACGUCUCCCAGGAAGUGUAUAGUGACAAUUGAAACUGAAUACCCAACAAUAGAUGAAAGUUAUAUAUACAAAUUAAACGACAUAAAAGAUACUUUAAAACAAUUCGAACACUUACAAACAAAUCUUUUUAUUGAUACCAGGUAAUAUUAUUUAAAAUACCGGUAAUAAU